ACUUCGGCCUGACAUGCUCUGCGUAUCAAUUCGCGAUGUCGAUAACGCGACACCAUUUAAGACGCAUAAAGCGGAGCGUAAUCUUGCAUGCAAAAAAAUCGAUAGCCGGUUAAUGGUGAAUGGCGGUCUGCUGUGAGUUUCGCGAUAAUGUUCGUCGAAAACAUGGCGUGUGGCCUUUCCAGAAAUGCACAUGAUUUAUUGCGACAUGAGUCCGGGAAUAUGUUGAUCUUGUAAAUCACGAGCACGUCUGGUACGUGUAUAUCGAUGGAAAGCGCUCUUUCGUUGCGCGAAAUUCCAACAACUCCCAGGGGCAAGGAUCGUAUGCAUCCAAUGUACUAGUAGCUAUACAACAAUACCGAGGAGGUGCAUUCGACCAGGGACUAGGUCGUCUGUUACCCACAUAGCAUACUCUACCGUAGGCCAUUUUCUUGGUGGUUCAUGAAUACUCGUGUCUAAGCAAGUUUGAUUAUGAAAAUGCUGCAUCAUUGUAAGCAUUCUACUUGCAUAAAACUUGCUUCUACUGGUUCUUGGUUCUACUGGUACUUUCUUUAAAUUCAAGAUAAUAUAAUUCAAUAUAAGAGAUCAAAUUGUACGAUUUACAUUAACUUACAGUCGAAUUUUAAAAUAUAACAUUUAUUAGUGUCACAAUGAAUGCAAGAAAGAGCUCUCCUGUGCAAAAUCUUUUUUAAAAAUAUUAUAUCAAUUAUUAUUUAUUAAUAGCAUAUUUUCAGUUCUAUAAACUCUGCUCAGUCAUGAGUAAAGAAACGUUGAAGCCCAUAGUAAAGGUAACAUGGUUGGUAUGAGCUAUGUGGAUAGCGUUCACACAUCACUGAUAUACGAUGCUAGACUUUGGUGGGGUAGCACUACCGUAGAGGUUCCUUGUGUAGCGGCGACCCACCCUAUCUUUUACAGUUUAAUACACAAGGAAGUUACCAAGCAUCGCAAUCUGCGCCUAUUCAACAAAGCAAUUAUAAACAAGGCAACGUACCACAAAACUUACAAGGCUUCAAAUCGCAGCAGCAACAACAACAGCCGCCGGCACAGAUGGCAGCUGGAUCACCACGACUUCUACCAAACAUAGCCUCAACGCAACAAAUGAAGCCGUCAAUGUCUCAGCAACAGUUACAACAAGGACAACAGGGACAAAUGCCGCAGCAGCCGCCGCCGCCAUCAUUGCAGCAACAACAGGCACAACAGCAACAAUCGCAACAACAAAUGUCAAGUUCAGCCGCCCCAUUGCCACAGAGAUUGAAGCCAAUCUUAAAACAGAGUACAGUAAAUGUACAGUCAGCUCCAACGAGUGUAGCACAAGCUGCACCUGUACCUUCUCAGCCUUGCGUGCCUUCUCCCGUACCUGCACCGACUUCUACUAAUAAUAAUUCUGACAGUAAGGACGACAGUAUGCAAUCUGAGAAUACAGACAUGGACUUGCUAGAAGCCCAACCAAGAUGGCGAAGAAAAAAUCCUGGAUUUAAAGUGAACAAGAAAUUGAAACGCCUUCGCAUGAAUCAACGCCUAAGGAAAACUUUGCAACCGAAGAACGCGAUCAUGGUAUUAAAUGAGAUGAAGGCCGGGGUUCAGUUCACAUUCCCCGAGACGCAGGGGCCCAUGCCGAAUUCACUUUAUCUCGUUCACGCUGAGCUCGAUGGUAAAACGUUCGUUGGACAGGGAUUGUCAAAACCGCUUGCUCGGCAGAAUGCCGCCGAAAAUGCAUUAAAAGCUCUGUUGCUCGAAAAGAUGACCACAGCGUCUAUGAAAGCGCGCAUCGACGCUGAAUCGGAGGUGCAAGCUAAUUCAUCUAUGGAUUCAUCUAUGGACGUAAAAGAGGAGAACAAUGACAGCAACGCCACGGACGCAAAUACCCAGGAAGAUGAAAUCCCAUGGAGCUCGUUGGCCAGUUUUGCACUUUACAAACUUUUCCUCGAGUGGCACAAUCAGGGAACGUCGAUCCCCAUCUCACGGCCUGGCUUGCCGUCUACGAAGACACCUAAAAAAGAGAACAGCACACCCAAGGAUCCGUUUCAGAAGGACCUUCCGCCUAACCCGACAAAUAUCCAUCCAGUUAUGUUACUGAAUCAAAUGAGACCCGGUCUGACAUACGUGGAGCUGAAUCGCGUUGGUAAUCCACCCAAUACAAUGUUCACCUUGGCCGUUGAAGUAGACGGAGUGGAAUAUUCAGGGACAGCUAGAAAUAAAAAGGACGCUAAGAAAUCGGCAGCCAAGGCGGCGCUAUCAGCAUUGUACAACUUAACUUAUCCCGAGGAUUCUGCACAACAGGAUAAUAUGGUAAUUGACUAAAAUAUUGUUGUGACCGGGCGUGCUCCGCUCGUGUAUAUUAUAUGUGUGUAUUAACACGUUCUCUGGGUGUGCCAAGCUGUUUCUGAGUUGUCAUUUUCAGGCUACGUGUACCAAAAACGGUACAUUAUUUCAUAAAUUAUGUAAAAAUUAUCGACUUUUUCACUUUUGAGCUGAAAAUUUAUUUUUUAAUAGAGUAAAUGAUUAAACCUGACUCAACUUAACAAAUAUUAUAUCAUAGAACAUGUAAUAGUAAUAUCGACAAUUAUUUCCUUGUUCUUUAUCUACCAAUGAUAAAAAUAUCAUUUGGCCUGAAAAUGAGUUUCAAUGUGUACCGAAAAUUGUGUGGUACACGCAAGGAAUGGUACAUGGAACGCGUUAAAUAACAUACAUGUAAAUGUACUAGGUUGGAAAAAUUGCUUGAGUCUUUUGUAGAAAACUGCUUUGCGGUAAUAAAUUGUGACCAGAUCUAGAAAUGUUAUACAAUCGUGUUUAAGUUAUCGUAAGAUUAUGUUAUAGUUAAUAAUUACGUCAAUAAUUACGUAAUGUAUGCAUACUGUAUUACCUAUUAUUAAGAUACACCAAUAAAUGUAAUAGAAAGAUA